AAAGGUGUCGGCGUCGGCGUCGUCAUGCUGCGCAUUGCGAUUUACGAUUAAACGCUUCCUCUCAAAUGACAUCGUCGUUUGUCCAUCCAUAAUCCUUGUUCAUCUUCAUCUCCAUUCUCCUCGACGAAGUUUGUCUUCUCCAGUGGCGGAUCGUCUGCUACAGUUUAGUCAGACGUUAGAGGUAAAGGGAACGAUGGGAGCUGUAACCGAAGAACAGGAAAAGCAUGAUGAUGAGAGGCCCAGGGCGUGCCCCAUCACAGAGUCCCAGUUCCUCUCCUGGAAGCGCCAGAAGGAUGCCGCUGCAUCUGCCAGAAAAGCUGAAGCAUCCAGGAAACGUGCAGAGGAUAUUGCGGCUGGAAUAAUCCAAAUGAAUGGCCGGGAGCUGUUUCGGCAUGAACCAUGGGUGUUUGAUAACUCACUUUACUGAGGUUGAUUUUCAGUCACUCAAAACUACUCAUGCCCUAGAGGCUUCUCCUGUGAAGUAUUAAUCCGCUCUUGUAUUGCAUUUCAGUUUCAGGCUUUCUAAUGUUUCUGUUGUUACCUUCUUUCUGGGUCCAUUUUCAUAUGUUACUGUCUUAGUGAAUACUGAUGUUACUUUAUGCUUAGAAUCUACUAAGUUUGAAAUAGGAAAAGGCUGGGCCGUCCUUGAGGGGUUAA